GCUCAACUUUUGGAGGGAGGGUUCCAGGAGCCCGCGAAAACUUCAAGAGCUGCCACCCGGCCUACCAGCCCAGCCAGAGGAGCGCGCCGGGUGAAGCGGAGCUGCCCUUCAUGUGGCCCAGAGCCUGGGGGUGAAGAGAAGAAGGGGAGAGGGAACCCUAUUUCUGUUCAGUUGUUCCCCCCAGAGCUGGUGGAACACAUCAUCUCAUUUCUUCCAGUAAGAGAUGUAGUUGCCCUAGGCCAGACCUGCCACUACUUCCACGAAGUGUGCGAUGCUGAGGGCGUGUGGAGACGCAUCUGUCGCAGGCUCAGUCCUCGCCUACGAGAGCAGGGUUCUGGGGUCCGGCCCUGGAAGAGAGCUGCCAUUCUUAACUACACGAAAGGCCUGUAUUUCCAGGCAUUUGGGGGCCGACGCCGCUGUCUCAAUAAGAGCGUAGCCCCUCUGCUAGCCCAUGGCUACCGCCGCUUCUUGCCCACCAAGGACCACGUCUUCAUCCUUGACUAUGCGGGGACUCUCUUCUUCCUCAAAAAUGCCCUGGUCUCCUCCACCCUUGGCCAGAUCCAGUGGAAGCGUGCCUGCCGCUAUGUUGUGCUGUGUCGAGGAGCCAAGGACUUUGCCUCAGACCCAAGAUGUGAUACAGUUUACCGCAAAUACCUCUAUGUACUGGCUACUCGGGAGCAGCUGGAAGUGGUCGGCUCGACUGGCAGCCAGGCCUGUGACUGUGUCGAGGUCUACCUGCAGUCCAGCGGGCAGCGGGUCUUCAAGAUGACCUUCCACCACUCCAUGAGCUUUAAACAGAUUGUGCUGGUUGGUCAGGAGACUCAGCGGGCUCUGCUGCUCCUCACAGAGGAAGGAAAGAUCUACUCUUUGGUAGUGAAUGAAACCCAGCUGGACCAACCACGCUCCUACACAGUACAGCUGGCCCUGAGGAAGGUGUCCCGUUGCCUGCCUCACCUGCGUGUGACCUGCAUGGCUUCCAACCAGAGCAGUACUCUUUACAUUACUGACCAGGGGGGAGUAUAUUUUGAGGUGCAUACCCCAGGGGUGUAUCGUGAUCUCUUUGGGACUCUUCAAGCCUUUGACCCCCUGGACCAGCAGAUGCCACUUGCGCUCUCAUUGCCUGCCAAGGUCCUAUUCUGUGCUCUCGGCUACAAUCACCUUGGUUUGGUGGAUGAAUUUGGCCGAAUCUUUAUGCAGGGAAAUAACAGAUAUGGGCAGCUGGGCACGGGGGACAAAAUGGACCGAGGAGAACCCACACAGGUGCUUUAUCUGCAACACCCCAUUGCCCUGUGGUGUGGCCUCAACCACUCCCUGGUGCUGAGCCAGGGCUUGGACUUCAGCAAGGAGCUGCUGGGCUGUGGCUGUGGGGCUGGAGGCCGCCUCCCCGGAUGGCCUAAGGGGAGUGCCUCCUUCGUCAAACUCCAUGUGAAGGUCCCUUUGUGUGCCUGCUCCCUUUGCUCUACCAGAGAGUGUCUCUACAUGCUGUCCAGCCACGACAUUGAGCACCAUCCUGCCUACCGAGACCUGCCAGCCAGCAAAGUGGUGGGGACCCCUGAGCCCAACCCACGGGCCGGAGUACUCCAGGACCCUGGGGGGACAGCCUGGGCCUGUAAGGAGUACCUCAACCAGAUCCACAGUUGUUCCACAUUGCAGGACCGCAUGGCAAAGAUGAAGCAGAUCGUGGGCUGGAUGCCUUUGAUGGCUGCACAGAAGGAUUUCUUUUGGGAAGCCCUGGACUUGCUACAGAAGGCUGCUGGAGGGGUUGGCCAAGGCCCCCCCAACCCCUGAGAGUUGAGCACUCCUCCUAGUCUCUCCCCUGGAGGGAGAGGCUGGCUCUGGGCCAAAGGCUUAGGAGCGAUGGAGUGGUAGCAAGGAGCACUGUGCCUGG